AUGGAAGAAGGUCUACCCAUUGAUGACUCCUUUCCUGAUGAUAAGCUCCUGGCAAUCACUUUCGUUACCCCGUGGUAUGCAGACUUCGCCAACUUCUGUGUGAGUAGACAAACUCCCCGAGAGCUGAGUUACCAGCAGAGGAAGAAAUUUCUCGAUGAUGCCAAGAAGUACUUUUGUGAUGAUCCUCUUCUUUACAAGCUUUGUGCUGACACCAUCUACAGGCGAUGCAACAAUUUAAUACUUGUUGUUGUUAACUAUGUGUCUAAGUGGGUAGAAGCCAUUGCAUCACCAACUAAUGACUCUAAGGUUGUCAUGAAAAUGUUCAAAAAGAUUAUCUUUCCAAGGUUUGGGGUACCAAGCGUUGUCAUUAGUGACGGUGGAUCCCAUUUUCACAAAAGAACUUUUGAAGCCUUACACAAGAAAUAUGGCAUCUACCAUAGGACUUGUCUAGCAUACCGUCCUCAGACAAGUGGGACUGCCUUUAAGUCCCCUAUUGGUACCACCCCUUAUAAACUAGUCUAUGAAAAAUCAUGCCACCUACCUAUCAAACUAGAGUAUAAGGCUUUUUGGGCUGUUAAGGAGUUAAACCUUGAUGCUAAAUUAGCAGGAGAAAAACGCCUAUUGCAAAUCAAUGAGCUUGAUGAACUUAGAUUAAAUGUCUAUGAUAGUUUGAGUCUCUACAAAGAGUGCACUAAGAGAUGGCAUGAUAAGAAAAUUUUGAGCAGAGAGUUCUCUAUUGGUGACAAGGUUUUAUUGUACAACUCUAGACUAAAGCUUUUUCCUGGUAAGCUGAAGUCUAGGUGGUCUGGUGCCUUUUCUGUCACUAAUACUAACAAGUUUGGUUCUACUGAGCGGCUGGAGACUGGCAUUACGGCCAACACGACAGCUAUUCAGGACUUCAGCCAGCAGGUUGAUGCCAAUAGUGCACUUCUACAGAUGCUCAGUCAGGGUGUCGAUACAUUGGCCAACAAUUAG